GACAGCAUUAGUCCGACUUUGGCCGCCUGAUUCGCCCCUAUGUGCAUGCUUAGAGUCUCCUUCGGUCUGAGAAUUGUGCGUCGAGCUUACGAUGAUCUGCUCCUUGCAUCCAGACUGUUUUUCUUCCAAUUGGGUCAUGGAGCCUUUGGUGCUGAACCGAGUCAAGCCAACGAAAGCAGAUGGCAGAGAGCUGUGCGGCUGGUUCGUCAGAGGGUAACCCGUGUGAAUGGGUCGCCGGCGUCACAGUCUGAUGAAGAUAGCCUCCACACCGUCACCAUUCUUUCGCUAUAAGCACGUACGUGCCUACAUAUUGUAUGGGUAUCAUCAGAUCUCUUAUCUAGCAUAAGUUUAGCAUAUUCAAAAAUUUUAAUUAAUGAUUAUACUGAAA